AUGGCGACGAACGGAGAAGCAGCACCAAAGGCGGCUGGCACGUCCAACACCAACGGAAACGCCCCUCAAUCGAAGAGCGGUCUCGUUCCCACUAACAAUGUUACCAUCAAGGACGGCAUGACCGUCCGUACGCGCAUUGAGCCCACUCUUCCUGUGGACGAUGUCAUCCGCCAGCUCUGCGUCAGUCUGCAAAUUUCGGAGAGACCGACUAUGUUUGCUUUGAGAGACGAGAGCGGCGAGCUGGUGACGAAUGGCAAUCUUAGGAAGAAGAUCAAGGGGAAAGUGAAUCUCAAGUUGGUGAACGCCCCAGCCAUCGAAGCGGCCGAGAUAGUGGAACGGCUCAUGGUUAGAGAUGCAAAGCUGGGACUAGCGCUGACGUCUUUGCGAAAGUACAUAAAGGAAGAGCAAUUCGCCGAUGAAUUCCUGAACAGGGAUGGUUUGGGCGAGUUGAUUUCAGUCAUCAACAGUACACACGGAAAUCAGCUAGCGUACGCCCUGACAGCGAUGCAAAACCUGAUGGAGCUGGACCAUGGCUGGGACUCGCUCGACGAGACCUUCAUACUCAAGAUCGUCCAAAUCAUCUCCUCCAAACAAUCCCUCAUCAACGUGUGCAGGCCCGCGACCGCCAUCCUGAAGAAGCUCGUUGAGGCUUCGCCCGCCAGCGGGCCGACUGCGCAUCUCGCCAGUAGCAGUAAGGGACUGCCUGCACCACCUCCAGGAUCGAUAUAUAGGUACGGCUUUGAUGCCGUCUUCGAGCAGAUGCGCAAGGAGCCGCGGUUACUCGAGACCGUUGUCGACCGCCUGGGGAGUGCAGACACGACCAUGGCGCUAUAUAGCAUGAUGCUGAUCAAUUCCCUCCUGGCGAAUGCGACAGAGGUGCAUUGGGACGAGUUCACCUCAGCUCUCGAACGGCUGAACGUGCGCAAGGCGGUCAUCCGUCUAAUGUCGUCACACACCAUCGAAGACCUCACCUCCUGCAUCCUCGACUUCCAAGCCAACAUGAUGCGCGUCACGGACAGGAUGAAGACGACACCGGUCUGGCCAGACACCGAGGACUCGCACGCCGCUGCGCUGAAGUACAUAUGGACGAGCAGCAAGGUCGACGAGGAGGUCAUCAACGUCGACAUAUACAAAUGGCGGAAGAUUGGGCUGGAUAGCGAGGAUAUCUCACAGGAGUUCCAUGAGGUUGGCUUGCUUGGAUUGCAAUGUCUGAGACACUUUGUAGCGAAGGAUCCCGACUACUGGACAAAGGUCGUACAAGAGCAGCUGAGCCGCCCAGAGGAGCGAAGAUGCCCGAUCGCUAAAGCGUCAAACGAGGUGACCGAUUUGCUUUCGGAACAUUGGGCGAUCUACGCGCCGGGGUACUCGACUUCAACGACCUUUCAGCCCUUCUUCCUCAACUUCUACAGGGUCCAUGCACUGGCUACGCAGUUCUUCCUCCGCAUGUGGAACGAGAGCGGCGCCUCUCGGGGCGACUUCCCUCGGCUCAUAGCGCUCGCUCGUAGCCAAGUAAAGGUAGCGCUCCGGCGGGAGAACGAGCGGCCAUGGCACGAGGUCGAACAGGACUUCCUCGAGAGCGAGUACCGCGCCGUCCGCGACCGACAGAUGAAGGAGCUCGAGAUGGAGGAUGACAUCAUGGCGAAGGUGCCCAUGCGCAACCUCCGGGCGAAACUGUACAAGGAGUCGGCGGAGUUCGUGAGGCAGCAGCGGAUGCACUGUCUCUUCGAGGGCGCGUGGUUCAUGAACGGCAUGCCGGUGAUGUCGGCCGGACCGCGCGAGACGAUCCGCCGCCCGACGCUGCCGUGGCGGUUCAUGCGGCUUGACAACAGCCUCAAGUACCUGCACUACGUCGACAGCCAGGUGAAGUUCUACGUGCGGAAGGGGUUCGAGGACCUGCCGGACCGGAUCGACCUCGCGACGGUGAGCGAGGUCGCGACGGGGACGUGCGUGCCGUACGGGAACCAGCUGCGCGACGUGGACAUGGCCGCGAUGCCCGCGUCGCCCCUCGCCGCGUCGCCGCUGUCGUUCUCGCUCCUGACCGCGGGCGGGACGGCGCUCGCGGACCAGAUCGCGACGGACCUCGCGCGCUGGGCGGACUGGACGGACGGCCUGAACAUGCUCCGGCGCGACGGCGCGCACGUCGCGUCGCGCGAGACGGAGAACUUCAUCCAGUCCCUGACGGAGAUCGGGCUCAAGAUCAAGCUGCUCGAUCUGACGGGGGAGAAGGUGGACAUUCCGAGCGGCCUCGCGAUGGGGAACCCGCCGGGCAACUGCGAUUUCUUCUUUUCUGACCUGACAUACGAUACGCAAGGCUGAGGCGCACUAAUAAUGACUUACCCCGACCGCCGUCGCCCGACAUACCCGACAUGUAUGCCACGCACACGCUGCUGGGGUUCUGCUGGCUGACACUGAUCUGCUUCGUUUGUAUAUCUUAUGGUAGUAUAUACGCGUCAAUUGUAUUCGUUCAAAGCUC